CCAUUCAAGCACAAACCAAGUUAACCACAAAAGUAAAAGAAAAAUGGGGAUAAGAACUAUUUGGGCAUUAUUAAUGAUGAUGAUGAUAAUUGAAGUAGAGUCGAGUCUUCACAGAGUAGGCGGUGGAAAAUACAAUUGGAAACCCGAUGUUAACUUCUCCGAUUGGGCCAACCACCAACGCUUCUACUCCGGCGACUGGCUCUAUUUUGGGUUCGAUCGGACCCGUCACAACAUCCUCCAAGUAAACAAGAGUAGCUACGAGCAGUGCAUCGAUAAUGAUUUUAUAUUCAACGUGACAAGAGGAGGACGAGAUGUGUUUCAACUUCUUCAACCAAAGCCUUAUUACUUUAUUUGCGGUAGAGGUUAUUGCCUCAAAGGAAUGAAGCUCUCCGUUAACGUCCUUCCUCAGCCGCCGCCUUCAACUACGACCGUUCCCAUCAUUCCCGCCUCAACCGCCAACACUCUCAUAAUAGACUCAAACGCUUUCACCGCUAUUGCUACCACCAUUCUCACGGUCUUCAUUUAUAAAGCUUUAUACUUCGACUAGGCUAGGUGGCUAUUUCGUUUCUUUGUUGAAUUGGAUUUUGGUGAUAUGUGACUAUUUCGUUUCUUUUUUUAAAUGGAUUUUGUUGCUUUAAAUUGAAACUAAAGGUCAAUUUCUAACAUGUUCAUUACAUUAUCUCUUUAUGUUCUAGUUGAUUAAAUCUAGUGAAUCAUUUUAGAUAGAAUCUUAGUAUUAUAUAGAGAAUAUAUUGUCUCUCACCUCUUAUUGACACGUCAUCAGUUCGAAUGCUGAGCAGCUGCCACUUGUCAUUUCUCCUCUAAACUCUGUCUUUCAUUAAAUUAAAUUUUGUUUCAAUCCUUUGAGCCAGACCACGAUUUACGUCUUCUUCAUUUGCACACCGGAAUUUAGGGUUUACCAGUCUCCUCAAUCUCCGACAUCGGUGCCGUUCACAUACACACUCAGACAAACAACAAUGGAGUUUGGAGUGACUGGGUUGCUAAAAUGGACGGCCUUCAAUGGUGUCUUUUUGUCUUCCGUCGUAAGCAAGCGUAAUGUUCACAGUUACAGAUUCAUCUCCUUUAUUGCCUUAUUAAGGCCAUCGACCCACAACAAUGCGAUCUGUUGCAACUCUGUCUUCUCCAAGGCGGUGUAUACAGCUAUAAAAAUGUUAGCCUUCUUCACUUGAUAAUCAUUCUCUCAAUCUGUAAAAACAACAAAGCAAACUUAUUUCCUUCUAAAGGCUAACUCCUCUGAUCUUAAGUCAGAUCGUUGUCCUUCCACCGUUGAGGUCAAGUUGCUCAGAUUCUGGGAAGAAGUCAAGCGUGGUGGCGAACUAAUCCCCAUCCAACCAGUUUAGUAGAAACAAUAGCAUGUUCGUGGAAAAGAACAUAAAACAUUCCUGAUAGCUUCAGGUCUUCGUUACGCCGAGUGGAGACCAAUCUUGAAGCUCAAGACCGGUGGAUGCUGUGUGGAUCAAAACAAGUAUCAAUCAGUGAAGAUCACAAUAAAUCAAGAAUCAAAGAGACACAAUCCUGAAUGAUUGGGACUCUAACACCCAUCGCUCAUUGAGAACGAAGAGCACGCCGUAAAGCAACCCAGUUACAAACCCUCUAAACCCUAUUCUCUCAAUCACUCCAGUAGACAAGCAGAACACAGCCGCGGAGCAGAGGCCGGCGAAUCCAGUGGUGGAGACAAAUAGUGCGAUGCUCAAAGAGACACGAGCGCGGCGGCAGAAGUUUGGAUCCGAGAGGUGACGGAGGCCGAUGGUGAAUUGGAGAGGAGAAUCUGAGGUUGGUGAAGAUAGGAGAGCGAGUGAGAUGGACAAGAUGAGCUGUGAGACGUGGAUUACGAGGGAAGUGAGGAGGAAGGAUAUGAUGGAAGCAGUGGCGGAGCCCGCACAACCGCCGUUACGCUACAUAGGUCGCAGUAAUGUCUAGCAAUCAAGUUAGCUCUCUAAUCACACUACCUCUUCAUCAAUGCAUGUUUUACUUCACCAUCAGCCGCAUGAUUGAGCCUACUUGCAAGCCUGAGGUCAAAUCCUUUUCAUUUUCACAAACCAGCGCUCAUGUACGAUCUCUAAGAAACUCUUUUUGAUCAUGGCCACUGGCGUAGACCAAAGGUGGAUUUGACGAUCAAUACUAGCCCUAUGUUGGUUGGAGGUGAGAUGCUACGCCAUGUUAAGCUUUUUAAUAUAUAGUCUUGAAUCUCGAUCUAACCUUCUACAGCUUCUUAUACUAUGUUUUACAAAUUCUCUGAGCAUCAAACGACGGUCAGUAUAGAAUGUUGAUGAUUCUGGUUCCGUAUUAUAUAUUUCUGGAUUCUGCUGGUUAAUAAGUUAUGAUCUCUGUAGUAUGGUCGAUGUAAAUACAAGGUCGGCUCUCUCUCAACGAUACCUCAGGCACUCAUUUCUAUUUUGACAAUGAGUGGCGCAAGCAGUGCUUACCUGCAGAUGUUAGGUUUGUGAGAGUAAUGAAGGACCAUAAGAGGUUGGAAAGCUGCUACCAUGUCUAAUGGAGAAAGAGCUACUGUGUAUGAUUCAGUUGAGGACCAUCGCCCAUGUUGAUGCCAGUAACACUGGAGAGGAAGAAAUAGAUAAAAAGGCGGGAAGUUCUGCAAAGAAGAUACGCAAAUACUACACAGUCUAAAUCAGGAGGGAUUGCAUCGCUGGGCACUCUCACCGUUAUGUUGCAUUGCAGGCUUUUUCAAUUUUCACAUUACCAAUAACUACAACAACUUCUCUCACUGAGAACCAUGUUCCGGGUUUUAUAUUUUUAUGCGUAUUUCGAAUUUCAACUAGACUCUGCAUUCUCAAGCUGAUAAAUUUACUUCA